ACCUGAUAUUUUUAGUUGUUUAAAUUUAACCUUAAUGGUUCACUCCAUAAGUCGGAGUCUAUUUUAGUAAAUAACAAUCUCUCUUCUAAGAAUCAGUAAAUACAUUAUACUAAUAAAAGGGUCAACAUUCAACCAAAACACUCAUGGACGACUAUUCUAUUAAGGUAAUAUCAUGGAUUGGGAUAUCGAUGAUUAUUACGUACCGAAGGUAUUUUCUCAGCUCAACUGAAAAGAUAAGCAAGAAGGAAGAACAGAUAACUUAUCGUGGAAGAAAACCUUACGAUGGUGUAUCCGAGUCAAUUCGAAAAAACAUAGAAAAAUUAUCUGUAUCGAUAAAAGAAGACACGGAUUUUUUGAUAACAUGGAUAAAAGGAGUCGAACAAACGUCAGCCAUUUGGAAAACAGGGGAAACAAAAACUUUACCUGAAUCAAUAAAGUUUCAAAUGGUAUCAGUGAACGGGGAAUCUGCAGAGGUUGUGUACCGGAUAAUAGUAUUACCAAAACCAACAGCCGAUAAAGAAGCGUUGAUAAAACAGAUAAAAGAAAAUGAAGAGAAUGUCAUUGUUUGUGACAAAGAAGAAAAUGACACGUUAACUGAAUGGAUAAGUGACAACAAGGAAACGAUAAUAAAAUCGAUAGGAAAAGACACAAUUACGUUUAUUGGAAUUAUAAAAGGUGAUAAUAAAUUGUCAGAUGACAAUAUUAGACAAGACAUUGACAUUUUAACUAAAAUACCGUGGUUAUCAUGCAGGGGUAUGUUUAGACAUUAUUCUAUUAUUCUAUCAAAAACAACAAGUAAUAAGGAAACUUCAACGGAAUGCAUUCUACAGGACAAAGAAACGUCAACAGAAUGCAUACUGCAGGACAAAGAAACGUCAACAGAAUGCAUAUUACAGGACAAAGAAACGUCAACAGAAUGCAAACUACAGGACAAAGAAACAUCAACAGAAUACAUAUUACAGGACAAGGCAACGUCAACAGAAUACAUAUUACAGGACAAAGAAACAUCAAUGGAAUGCAUACUACAGAACAAAGACGCUGAUUUGAUUCAACCUGACAAUAAACCGCCAACGUAUUGCUUACUUCAUAACACACUUAUUGAACGGAUUCAACAAGGUAGUGAACCGCCUACUGAAUGUAUAUUAGAAGACAAAGAAACUAUGACUGAAGGAUCACUACAGGACAAGAAAAUAAUGACUGCACAGACAACGCACAUGAGGGAAUUGUUUGAACCAGGAUGUCCAUCUGCCUUAGAUAUAACCCCAACGACAAUUACAUUAACAUGGGAUGAUCCAAUUGUAGGAGCUGAUUGUUAUGAAAUAAAAUGUGAACAAAAAAACAUCAGUGUUGUAAGCUACUAUAAAACAUCUGUGAAUUCUUGCAAAUACAUCGUAAAAGGCUUAAAACGCAACACAGAGUAUGAACUUACAAUUCAAGCAGUCAAAAAUGAAGUAAAUAAAGGACCUUACAGUAAAGCCUUAAAAGUAUCCACAUCGGCAAUCUCAAAUUAUAGUAUUGCAGAGUUUUUAUAUGUUUUGUUUUACAUUGUAAUUUUGAUAUGGUUUUCAUAUUUAUUCUGUUAUAUUGUGUUCAUUAAAUAAAUAAAGGUUUGCUUCUUCA